UGUUGUGCGUCGAGUGGUUAGCCAGUAAGGCGCCGGUGUUGGAUCAGAGCUAAUCACCAUGCUUCCCACAAUCGUGUUGUACUCGUUGGUUCAGUGUUGGAGUUGCGUCGCUCAGCUGUCCGGCUCCUCCAGACUGCCGAGUGCUGUUCAGAGUGCAGGGGGAUGGCACUCACCUGUGAAACCAAUAGCUGAUAGCGCAACUGUGAGUCAUAAACUAGCUGACAACACGUAUGGAACUAGUAACCCUCAAGCAGCUAUGAAAGUUCAAAACUCGACAAGAGUCGGGGUCGGAUCUUGGCGAGAGAUAAAACUAACCGGACCUGAGCCAGGGAAAUUCUACGAUAGAGAUGGAAGAACUCUGAAACCGUCAUCUGCAUGGAGGCACAUCGCUUCGCCUCUUGUUCUUCUUUCUCUUACCUUUGUACAUCUCUUCUCCUUAUACCUUUAGCAUGCAAAUAUCUAUACUGUAAGGAUAAUGAAAUACAUGUCCCCAAAACCAGAAUGACCGCUUAUCUGGUAACAAUAAUCCGUAUUAGAGAAAGGAAAGAAACAAUCUGAUUUACCUUCUUCAGACAUUGUUGGAAGUCAACAACUUUUUGACUUGCAUGUGAAAGAAGAUUAUGGGGACCAUACUGGAAGGUCACAUCAUAUUUCAGACAGUCACCCAAAAACUAAGGGAAAAAAUGCCGUAUUUCGGUGUAAAUGUACCCGAUUACUUACAAAAAGCUGGAAGAAUAUGACCUAACAAUUAUACGGGGAUCAACAGUAAACCGGUUUCUUCGGUUUGCAUUUUUUCUAAAAAAUCCAUUGCAAAUAAUAAUCUCUUUAAUUUAGACGACUUCCAUCGGAAGAAUUUUGUAAAACUUACUGCUAGAGUAAUUUUCUAUGAAAUUCUUGGAAAGGGAUUAUACCAAAAAAAUGUGUGCGAUGAUGGCAAUUUUUUCGGUUUAACAUUGCAAAGAGUGAUGACAUUAAAUUCUCAAAUAAAUAGAGAGGAAACUGAGAAUCGACCUUCAAAUUUUGAUCAUUCAAAAAUUGAUUUUUACCAAAAAAGUGUUUCUUUUCAAACUGUUUAAUGUCCUUUCAAGCCACCUAUCAGUCACUUUUUAUUGCAUGAAUCAUAAUUGAUGGUAUUUAAAUUGAUCUCUUUAGAAUGUUUGCAAUGCCAAAAAAGUGGAUACCUUUUUCAAAACAUUCAAAACAAAAUAAAUUGGAUGUUUACUAUCUAAACUUAAACUCAAAGAUCAAAAUUACGGUCCUAAAAAUUGAUCGCCGUAUCAAUAAUAUUUGUAGAUUACCAUAAAGUCUUAAGAACUAUUGUCCUGAGUUUGGUAGUGUACAAAAUUAAUCUGGUAAUGGCCUACACUCCUAUGAAGAAAUUUUACCUAAAUAUCCAGAUACCAAUCAUCAACUCAUUUUCAUUGAGAAUAAUGAACCGUCGUGUUUUCCUAUUGUGUAAGCUAUUGUAUGGUGUGAUGUGAAUAAGAUUGAUGGGAGUCAGGGAGAGCAUUUUCAUUUGAUUGACAGCUGAAUUUUUCGCAGUAAUUUAUAUUUUAACAGGACAAUUUUCAUGGUGCAUAUUCAUCACUUUGAUGAUAGACUUCACAUUCAAUCCCAACGAAAAUUCGAAAAUUAAGUCCAGCAGUCUUCAAAUUUUUACCAUGUACUUAGUAAUACAACACAGUAAAUUAUUGUGUUUUAAAACUCCAAAAAUAAAACUUUAAAGAAAAAGUCUAUUCUAGUCAUAUUCAUGGAUACGUCAUCAAAAUUUCUUCACAAACCCUUUAAAGUAGCAACAGUUAAACUAUAUUAUCAUUGUAGUUAUGAGGGUGACAGGACCAAUCAUCUGUAAAACAUAAUACCUCAUAUUAAUUGAUUAUCAUAUUAUCAUAUUACUUUAAUUAUUUACUUAUCAUUUCUGUUUAAUUUAUCUGCUUUUCUUCUUUAUUUUGUUUGAAGUUUUUCAAACGAACAUAUUUAAACAAUUUUAAACAAUUUUAAAUAAAUGAUCUGACAUCAAAGUCGGGAGGAAUGUCCUCUCAACCUUCAUUUUUCGCCACAGCGUGCCUUCAGGAACUUGAACCAUAUCUUAGACUUGCUUUUAUUACUGAAGUCUUUAUAGUUGAUGUCUCAAGAAAAAGUUUUGAACUUUCUUACUACCGCAGUUUCAAAUGAAUGGGACCAAAAAUGAUUUGUUUAUCGAUGUCAAACAAUUGUAAGCAUUUCCAGAUAAAAUGUACAGUGAAGUUCCUCAUUGAAAACACGAUAUAUUAAAAUUUAAGUCACUCUGUUUAGCAUCAAGUAUAAAUUUCUACGUAUUCAUCAUUUGUAGUCAUAGAUAGCCUUCCUAAUUUUUCCUGCCGGUAUAAUUACAAGUUCUUUCAAGAGUAUGUUUGAAAGAGAAAUCAAAAAUAAGCCUCGAUGGUAAAAAUGCUUCUAGUUUGGUGGGACUGCGCAUGGAAUCAUGUAAUGUUUUUAAUCAUGUCCUAAAAUUGGAAACAAAAUCAGUUACAACCG